GCACCAUCCCAGAGCAGCUAUCCCCAACCAAGCACUGUCAGGGGCUGUUUUCUGUCUGGAGGGCCUGAGGACCUUGGCGUAGAAGAUGUGUGAAGAAGAGGACAGCACUGCCCUUGUUUGUGACAACGGGUCAGGGCUCUGUAAAGCCGGCUUUGCUGGGGACGAUGCUCCAAGAGCAGUUUUCCCUUCCAUUGUGGGUCGUCCCAGGCACCAGGGUGUGAUGGUUGGUAUGGGCCAAAAAGACAGCUAUGUAGGUGAUGAAGCUCAAAGCAAGAGAGGAAUCCUGACCUUGAAAUACCCCAUAGAACAUGGCAUCAUUACAAACUGGGAUGACAUGGAGAAGAUCUGGCAUCACUCUUUCUAUAAUGAGCUCCGUGUUGCACCUGAAGAACACCCGACUCUGCUGACGGAAGCACCACUGAAUCCCAAAGCCAAUAGAGAGAAAAUGACCCAGAUUAUGUUCGAGACUUUCAAUGUGCCCGCCAUGUAUGUAGCUAUUCAAGCCGUUUUGUCCCUCUAUGCUUCUGGACGUACCACAGGGAUUGUGCUUGACUCUGGGGACGGUGUUACCCACAAUGUGCCAAUUUACGAAGGCUAUGCCUUGCCGCACGCCAUCAUGCGUCUGGACCUGGCUGGUCGUGACCUUACAGACUACCUCAUGAAAAUCCUGACAGAACGUGGCUACUCCUUUGUGACCACUGCGGAGCGUGAAAUUGUCCGUGACAUCAAGGAGAAGCUGUGUUAUGUGGCCCUGGACUUUGAAAAUGAGAUGGCCACUGCUGCCUCUUCCUCCUCUCUGGAAAAAAGCUAUGAGCUGCCUGACGGUCAGGUGAUCACCAUUGGAAAUGAACGCUUCCGCUGCCCGGAGACCCUCUUCCAGCCAUCUUUCAUUGGCAUGGAGUCUGCUGGCAUUCAUGAAACCACUUACAACAGCAUCAUGAAGUGUGACAUAGAUAUCAGAAAGGAUCUUUAUGCCAACAAUGUGCUGUCUGGAGGCACUACAAUGUACCCGGGUAUUGCAGACAGGAUGCAGAAAGAAAUAACUGCUCUGGCUCCCAGCACUAUGAAGAUCAAGAUCAUUGCCCCUCCUGAACGUAAGUACUCCGUCUGGAUUGGAGGCUCUAUUCUUGCCUCCCUGUCUACUUUCCAGCAGAUGUGGAUCAGCAAACAGGAAUAUGAUGAAGCUGGCCCAUCCAUUGUUCACCGCAAAUGUUUUUAAAUUGCUUUAUCCUUAUAUGUCUGCUUAGUGUAUUACUGUGAAUGUAUUCCGGAAAAUAUAUUCUUACAAUUUCAUUCCAUAAAUGCUUCAUUGUAAUGACUCUAAUUGGAUACUACGUAUUUUUUUUUAAUAAAUUAAAAAUACGCUAU